AUGGCAGACGAACAGCCAAAAUCUACAUAUGUGAUUUUGCCGGAAAAUCCAAUAAAAAACCUAACGGUUGCAGAAAUGUAUGAUAAAGAAAAAUACGACUUAUCAACAAUGGAAGAAGGUGAUGUAUUUACCAUGCUUAAUGCGACAAGAAAUGGUUUAACCGAACAAGAAGUGAACGAACGCUUUCAGAAGUUUGGUCAUAAUCGACUUGAACAUAAAGAAACAAGUGCCAUCAUGCAAUUUCUUCUCUUCAUGUGGAAUCCACUUUCCUGGGUGAUGGAAGCAGCAGCUAUUGUCGCUAUUGUUGCUUCCAACGGUGGUGGACAACCUCCCGAUUGGGAAGACUUUGUUGGAAUCAUUCUUCUUCUUCUUGCUAACUCAAUUAUUGGUUUUGUUGAACAACGUAAUGCUGGCAAUGCUGUUAAAGCGCUCAUGGCAUCAUUAGCACCCGAAGCAAAAGUCAAACGAAAUGGUGAAUGGAAAGUUAUAGACGCAGCUGACCUUGUUCCUGGUGAUAUCAUCAGUGUCAAACUUGGAGAUGUGAUACCAGCUGAUGCACGUUUAGUUGCUGCACAUGGCGGAGUCUCAAUUGAUCAAGCAGCAUUAACGGGCGAAUCACUUCCUGUUAAUAAAGUCGCUGGAGAUGAAAUAUUUUCGGGUUCAACUUGUAAACAAGGCGAGGCAGAAGCGAUCGUUAUUGGCACUGGCCUAAAUACAUUUUUCGGACGAGCCGCUAAAUUAGUUGGAAGCGCUAGUGAUGAAAUCGGUCAUUUACAGACGAUUCUUGCAAAAAUUGGUAAUUUUUGUAUUAUUGGUAUAGUUAUAUUUCUAGUUGCAGAAAUUCUUGUCAUGUAUGCUGGUUUUCGUUACGAAUAUCGACGUGGUAUUAAUAACUUAGGAACAUUUAUUGAAGCAACUGCAAAAUUUUAUACGCCUCUAACAAAACAUUUAUCAACAUCACGGUUUCAUCGUAAUUUCGCUCGAAUGCUCAAAAGUGAAGGUGCCAAUGCUCCAAGAAUCGCUGUGGAUCAUGAUGAGCUUCGACGUUUCUCACUUGUACAGGCUCAUCAUGCGUCCAAGCUGCUCAAUCCAGCGGGUGCAAGUACGAAUCGUAGAACAACAACUGCUGUGUAA